GAUUUUGACAUCUAGAUAUUCGCAGCUUGGUGUCAGCUGUUUGUUUCUGCAUCCUGAGAAGUUACAUAACCUUCAUUGUGAACUGACCCAUAGACGUUCUGAGUAAAUCGAAAGUUAGGGGAUCAGACCCGAGGCAGCCAUGGAGAUGCAGAAUAUCCCCAAAGAGAACCCAAAAAGCAACGAAGAGGAGGGAGCAGGUGAGCCGAUGCUGAAGGUCAGAACUGAAGAAGAAGCAGAACCAGACCAUUACGAAGAACUGCAGAGUCCAUCGGAGGAUGUCUACGUAGAAGCAGAAGCCUUUCAUCCGACAGUCAAAUCAAGAGCAGGCAAACAGGAUGAAGGAAAACCAGGACUGUACCGGGUGCUGUGUUUAAUCCUCACAAUAAUUUGCUUCCUCCUUCUCAUUGUGGUUUUUGUCCUCGGUGUGAAACUCCGAACUGGAUCCACUGUCUGCCCAGGAAACAGCAGAUCCGGAAACCAACAAGAUCCAACAUGCAGCUUGGAGAACUGUCAGAGCUACUAUCCAAAGAGUCAUUUCAACAAGCUUCCCUGCCGGCAGUGCGCCAGCGGCUGGCUCACCUUUGGCACAUCCUGUUUCUUCCUGUCCACCACCAGACUGACCUGGUCCGAGAGUCAGAAGAACUGCAGCUCCAGUGGAGGAUCUCUGGCUAUUGUUUCCAGCCAGAAUGUCCAGAACUUCCUGACAAGGAAAGGAGAUCUAAAAUAUUGGAUUGGACUGAGACAUGAAGACUCCACAUGGAACUGGGUCAACAGCAGCAGGCUGCAGCAGAGCUACUGGACUGAAGCUGUACACGGUGGAGACUGUGCCUAUCUGAACAGUGACGGCCCGGUUGAGAAGAACUGGGACAGAGCUUCCUGUCAGUCCACCACCUACUUCAUCUGUCAGCUGCAGUUCUGAUGGAAACCGUCUCAUCAGCAAUCGUCUCCAUAGCAACACAAUCAACAGCUUGUUCUCACGCCACACUCCAAUCAUAUCCAAGCUUCUUAGAUAAAAAAAUAUAUUCAAUUUGUGGACUAAAUUAAAUGUACACCAUCAAGUUCUAUUUACUGCUGCAUCGUGUAAAUCAGUGGUUUAGCUUUUAAAAAUCGUAUUUGCUGGGUUUACGUCUAACAAAAAAAAAAACAAUUACAGACUGCUGUGAAGCCUUCAUAGAAUCGUUAAUCUUGAACAUAUCACACUGAGAUUGAAUAAAGCUUGAUCUGCUCAGGAAAGCCCAGGAAAACUUCUUUUCCAACAAAAUGUCAGAUUCCGUUUUAUUUGCACUUUUUGCUUCUGUUAUUUUCCUGCACUGAUUUCUUAUUUCCCUUCAUUCAUAUUUGUUUCUUCUGUUAGUGCAGUUAUUUUCAUCUGAUCAGUUUUGCCAUGUUUUACUCUUAGUUUGCUCUUAGUUUUAUUCUUUGUGACAUUUGGUUAGACUCAUUUCCUGGUCUUUCCAGUCUCAUAUCAACCCGUUAGCUAAUCACAAUUUUCACAUUUUUUUCAUUAAAACAUUUUUCAUCUACAA